CUAAUUUGCCCUCUUUUCCUUCCACUCAGAAUGGCACACAUAAUAAAAUUCGUGAAUAGCUGGUUUUGGUGGGAGAACAUCUGGAUGCCUGCCAACUGUAGCUGGUCGGACUAUGAAGAUCGCAAUGGAUACAUCUUUCCGAAACCACACCAGUUAUUGGUCACAAUUCCAUAUGCUUUUGGGAUGUUGGCUAUUAGGUUCUUUGUUGAAAGGUAUCUAUUUCUCUUUUACUUUUAUCUAUUGCUUUUCCAAAGCUCCAAGAAUGCGAAGGCAAUGGGAAGAUUGCUUCAAAUUGCCCGCAUGUAGUUGUAAUGUUACGAAGCUGUGUGUAGCUUCAUUAGAAUUCUUUCUUGUUUGGUUUUGAAGCCUCUUGAAGUAAGUGCCUUGCUCCUUUUCCCCAUUCUGUUUCUAGCUGAAUAGAUUUUUGUAGCAUUGAGGUGAGGAGCUUAUACCUUAGACCACAUGCCUCUCAAGGAGCGGCUCAGGAUCUAAAACUGAGGUGUGGCCCAACCUAGAGCAGGUUACCGCAUAUAUUAUUAUUAUUAUUAUUAAAGAUAAGGUGGUGUUGAAAGACAAAGAUGAAGGCAUAUGUAAAGAAAGAAAUUGAGGGAUAAAAUACCAUAAAACAAAAGUUGCAUGCAUUAAUUCACAGUAAUAUGCACCAAGAUAGGCAUCAAUGGCAGAUAUUAUUAUUAUUAUUAUUAUUAUUAUUAUUAAUAAUAAUAAUAAUACCUCACCCAUCCUUCUGGGUUACCCCAGCUAAGGCUGACCUCACUACUUUAUUUAUUCAUUUUAUUUAAGUUUCAGCAAUGGAAAUGAAGUCUUUUGCUAUUGUACUGUCAUGUCUUAAAAUAUUUACAGAAAAAUGAAUGAAGAAUAUAAUAUUUCAACUUUGACUUCUUGGGAGGAGGGGGAAGUACAUGGAAGCACCUGCCCAGAUCAGGGCUUGGCUGAAAGCCAGGAAGGGGUGAAGCCUCCAGUUCUCCUACCCAGGCCAUCAGUCUGAUCUGCUGCAUUGCUGAAGCAACAUCUCUUGGCCAUACACCAGGCAUCCUUCUCUGGAGAAAUUAGCUGGAAAGAGAUGGGAGCAGUUAUAUAUACGGAUAUAUCAGAAGCAGUUUGUUUGGCAGGUGUGGAACUGCUAUGCUAACUUCUUGGCAGGUGCGUGCUGCUACUUAUGAGCAGGGAGGGUUGAGGUGGCAGAGAGGCAAAUGCACCAGCAGAGCCAAUCUGGGCGGUCCUUAAACUUUGCACCGUUCUGACCUCUGCACCGCCUCACCUAUUUCCCUCCUGGUAAGCAAUAGCAAUCCUCUUUCUGCGAAGCCAGCACUGUGGCUCCACCCGUCAUGUUGUCUCUCUUCUUAUCCAGCAGUACAGUGGUACCUUGGUUCUCAAACUUAAUUCGUUCUGGAAGCCCGUUCCAAAACCAAGGUGCGCUUUCUCAUAGAAAGUAAUGCAAAAUGGAUUAAUCUGUUCCAGAAUUUUAAAAACAACUCCUAAACAGCAAUUUAACAUGAAUUUUACUAUCUAACGAGACCAUUGAUCCCUAAAAUGAAAGUUAUAAUCAAUGUACUGUACUAUAAAAUAAAUAAGACAGUAUUGUAGAUGAUAAAAAUUGAAAUUAAAUAUUUUUCUUACCUUUACUGAUGAUAGUCCUUGUUUGGAUGGGGGGCUUUUAUCCAUUUCCGCAGUCACACAAUCAACCAGUCAGGAGCUGAACUGGGUUCCACACAGUCACAAAAACAAAUGAACCGAAAAAGCCUCAAAAACAAAAACGCAUAAUAAAUAGCAAAAACAAAAGUGCCAAACUUAAUCUGUUUGACUUCCGAAAUGUUCAAAAACCAAGGCGCAGCUUCUGAGUGGUGCAGGUCCCCCGGAAACAAUAGCUGACAGCCGUAUCGGACGCUCGGCUUCCAAAAAACGUUCGAAAACUGGAACACUUACUUCCGGGUUUUGGGCAUUUGGGAACCAAGGCGUUUGAGUGCCAAGGCAUUUGAGAACCAAGGUACCACUUUAUUCCUAAGUGCAGCACAGUCCAGCUAAAAGAGUGGCUGAUUUUCCAUGUAAAACCCUUUCCAUAGUCACAGGUAUCAUUUCUCGGUGUUGCAGUAACAGUAGGAAAAGCAAACUCAUCAGCAGAUAGCACAGUUUCCACUGAAAUCUAUUAGAAUCAUUGCCAUUUCUUUCUCUUUUAAAAAAGGCUCCUCUUUUGCAUCUUUCCAGGUGCAUUGCUGCUCCUCUAGCAAAUCUCAUGGGCAUAAAGAGUGUGAAGCGUGUCCGGCCCCAGAAGAAUCCCACCUUGGAAACAUUUUUCAGGAAGUGCACAAAAAAACCAUCACAGGUGAAGGCUUCUUUAAAAGGAUGUAUCUUUAGUAGAUGCCUGUUCUCAAAACCAUCGCCUGUGCCUGUCUGCAUUGGAGGUAUAAGAAGGCACCAUUUUCCAUUCCAUCCUUCAUCUGUCGCAUGUAGCACUGCUUCCAUUCUUCUGCAGUUCCUCUUCCACCAAAAACUGCAUUCUUCGUCUUGCUGUCUUUUUGACUUAGCACUUAGUUACAGAAAUCACGCAAGUUACACGGGGGCCACUACUGAAAAGGCUCUUUCUCUCAUACGCCAAACACACUUUCCCCACAAGCAUGGGAAGACUUUAAUUAGAAAUAGAGAAGAUGAUAGUUUUAGAAAUGGUUAGAGAGCAAGCACCAUAAGAUAGCAGAAGCACAUGUGUUGGAGUAAGAAAGGGGAGGCAAAAAGUUGGCUGGCAGGAUAGUAAAUAGAGACAGGUAAGGGGGGGUGCCCAUUUUCCCAAAGCAGCUUCCCAAAGCAACAAGUGUGGUAUAUCUCAAAAUGGAUCAAUUUAGGCUGAUAUCCUGUACACAAUUAUAUGGAAGUCCCGCUGAGGUUAGUUUCAGAUUAGCCAUGCUGCUGGUUAAUCUAUUAUUGUUGUUAAUUAAAUUUGUAUACCGCCCCCAGUGCUUUUUUCCUGGGGGGACGCAGGGGUAAGCAUACCCCUAAAUGUUUUGUGAAUCUAAGUUUGGCCUCCUUGAGGGGCAGUAUUUCAAUAUGAGUAGGAAAAUAAGAGUACCCCUAAACAUUUUUUAAAAGAAAAAAAUCACUGACCACCCCUCAUUCAAAGAUCCCAGGGCAGCUCACAACAGAAAAAUACACAAUGAGAAUACAAAUCUACCAAUACAAUCUACCAAUGAAAGAACUGAGCCUUACCACAUUAGUAGUUGAAACCAAGCUCUGAAUAAGGAAGAACUCUCAGGAUCCUAAAAUCAUAAUGUGGAUAGUAAGAAAACAAAGCAUAAACGAAGAGUCUUGUGACACCUUGAAAGACUUAACACAUUAUAUGCCACGAGCUUUUGUGCUCUUUAGCCCACUCUGUCCGGUGGUUGAAUUGCCAUGAAAUCUUAUGCCACAAUAAAUGCACAAGUCCUUAAGGUGUUGUUUUCACUGCAACAAACUUGAGUCAGCCCCUGCCCUCCAGAAAAUGUGGAAAGUCAAUGUCAGAAAGAAGCGGCUACUUCCUAGUGAUGAAAACUGCAGCCUUAGAAAUGAGAAGGUCCUUUCUUUUUGUCCUUACUUUGCCUCUAACCUGUGGCAUGUGUGUGCCACUGACUUUCCCUGCAGUUGGAGAUACGUGGAUUAGCCAAAAAGUGUAACUGGACGGUGCACCUGGUGGAGAAAUGGUUCCGGCGGCGGCGAAAUCUAGAAAUCCCAACUCUGCACAAGAAAUUCCAGGAAGCUUGGUAAGAACAGGCAGCAUGGCCAUCUGUGUGUGUAGAAAAUGAGCAUGCCAGGGAGGAGAAGAUGAGGCUAGGAGGACCUUUCUUGGUCUCUCUCCCCCCCCCACCCCCAUUAUAGUUGCAUGGAAGAGUAUUCCAUCAAGGGAGCCCACUCCUGCAAACUGAAGGCAAAAUGCCCAAUCACAGAUUUGUUAGCUCUGUAAGGACAAAGCAUUAGAUCCCUGACUCUUCAGUAAGGGCUGUACCAAUUAGGGGAAGGGGGUGGGUGGGUGGAAAUUCAAUUCAGUUCACAUUUAAAGGCAAACAUAACUAAUUCACACUUUCCAAAAGAAUCUGAGAACCAAAACACAGCCCUUUGCAUUAUUUUCAGAAAUAUAUGAAAUUGCCCUUGAAUGUAUGAUAUACAUAUACAAAUAUGUGAAUGUACCCUUUUGGUACACAUUACUUUUCUGGAGAACGGCAUUACAAAAUUCAGAGAAGCGUGAUGGAUGAGGGUGUUUCAUUUCGCUUAUUGUUUUGAAUUUGAAUUGAACUGAAUUGGAUUUCUCCUCCAUCCCUACAUAUGACUAAAUCACUCAGUGUGGGAGAGCUAAUAUUUCAUCAUUCUGAAUAUUAGGAAUAAAAAUUAUCCGGUUCUUUGUUCCUCCCAUUCCCGCACCCAAAGCUUUCCUGUAUUACAUCACUGUAUUUCCACAGUGCAGGAGUAAUGGCAAUUUAAACCUCACCUUGUUUGCCUUUCACGGAAUCUCAGCAGGUUCAAACUUGCAGAUGAUCCUGGGUACCAUUUUGUUUUUAACUUUGCCUGUUUAGUUUUCUUCUCAGAUCUCAGAAUAGCUAAGUAAAACUGAGUUCUUGGUUUCAAAAGCCAAAGCUUAGCUGCCAAAGACCCUUUGGAAGUAAGUCCCACUAAAUAACACGAGGCUUACUUCCAGGUAAACAGCAGAGGUUAUUCCAUGUAGGGUUCAUUCUGCUAUUGUUCAUGUCAACUGGCCAAGAGGGGGGUGGGUAGAGGUGUUGCUUAGCAACUAAGCCGAGCAGCAUGAUCUUCGCUGGUGGUGCAUCUCUGAUAGGCUGUUUACUUCUGAGGGAAUUUUCAUCUGUAUGGUCCUGGCUUCCAGUUCCUGAGGAACAAACACUCAAAGGAGAAUUCUUCCCAAAGACUUUAAAGUGUAGAUUGCAAAUUGCUGGGUGUAAGGCAAUACACACAAUUAAUCCUGAAUACACCUAAAGGUCAAAAGAUGCUGUCACGCCCUUGCUAAUCCUAUAAAGAGGAAAGGAACCAACACAGCUUAAUGUAGCAAGUGUUUCUGGAAUAUCUCACUAUGCCCAGUUGGUGGAGCCCUCUGUCCCUUUCGCCUUUGGUAUCUCUUAGAUCUAGAUGCCUGGGGAGGUGUCUCUGCCUCCUGAGAGGCAGCCAGGCCCGGUGGAGCAAAGGCAGAGCUUCUCCCAGUGUCUGACAGCGUUGGGGUGGGUGGCGUGGCAGGCACUGUGGAAGUGUCAGAGACAGACUCUGACCUGUGAAGAAGCAGGCAGGACUCUCAUUGCGGAGAGGGAUGAGAUGAGAAAUCUAAAGUUACAAUAUAUUAAGAUAAAAGAUUAAGAUAGAAUCAAAGAGGGAAAGGAUUUGCUGAAUUAACUAAUUUGAACUGGAAUACAAAAAAGGGAGGUGUGAGGAGGUCAGGGAAACAAGCAAAUGAAAGAUAAGAUAUGGAAAGACUAAUUUGUUUUUUAACUGUUUUUAUUUUGUAUUUUCAUUUUCUAUUUUUUUCUUUCUUUUUUCGCUUAUUUUUGUAAUAUGUUGAAACUUUAAUAAAUAUCUUAUAUAAAAAAAAAGAGAUGAGAGAGCAGGUUGAGGGACCCCUACCCCAUCCCAGAUCUUCACCACCAGGCUUCCCCAAUCCUGGCAGAGACACCCACAUCAUGCUGGAGCUUUCCCCCAGGUCCUCAGCAAGCCCUCCAUGUGCAUCAUCCUGACUUGGCCAGCCCAGGACAGUAUGUUUGGUUGAAUGUCUUCCUGCUUUGUACAAGGCCUGAACUAAGAAAGUUGAGUUUGCUUUUUGAGUUGACUUUUUUCUCCCUUAAAUGAGUUUGCCAACAAUGCAUAGAAUCAGUCUUUUCAUGUAGGUUUUGCUUUCCCUUCUUUGAUGUUGGCUCAGUGGUCUCGCGGGUGGCCAUACAUCUGCAGUCUACCAACAAUAUUCACCUACUCCUUCCUUCUUCCACUUCAUUACAAAUCUUCCACUUCCUUUCAUUGGGCUGUGUGAUUCUAGCUAGCGUUAUAUCUGCACCCCCAAAGGCACACUCCUCCAUUGUCUCCCGAGAUAGACGGAUGCCAUCACAAAAAAAUAUCUGCACUGGCAUUUUUCACCAAACAUUAAGGAAUGAUAUUUGAUGAUUUUAAGUUGUCUUAGCUUCUCAUUUUUCCAAUCUUAACUUCAGUUCUCCACAUUUCUGCAGCAAUUUGUGUUUGUUUGUUUGUUUGUUUGUUUGUUUGUUUGUUUGUUUAAAAAGCUCAUUAAAUUUAGCAGCAUUUUAAUGUGCCUUUCACCCACCAAACACAUUCGUGUAUGAAGUUUUGUCUAAUGUACACAUUUUUGCAAGCCACUUGACCUAACACAAUGCAUUUUGUAUGUUAUUUUCCGCAAUUAUAUGCAUGUAUAUGCACAAUUUCCCCUAAUAUAAGUGUAAAAUUCUGAAGCAUGUCUGUGUUUCGGUUCUUGUGUUGUUUCAGAAAGUGCAAGUUUGUUAGAUUUGCCUUUAAAUGUGAACUGAAUCAGUUCUCUCCCCCAUCCCUGAUGCCCAUCAAAACUGCACUUUGCAAUCAUAAUCAGAAGUAGGAUUUUUGAACCAGUUUCAGCUAACUACAAUACUAGCAGUAAUCAGAAACAAUGUUAAAGCUAACCACAAUUUACCGUAUUUUUCCAUGUAUAAAACAUGGGGUUUUUUACCCAAAAAAAGGGUUUAAAAUUGGGGCUCCUCUUAUACACAGGUAGUGCUGAGCGGUGUUUUCUUAAUUUGGAGUCCCCCAAAAUAGGGAGCGUCUUAUAUACGGAAAAAUACGGUAACUUUGAAAAUGAAAGGAAGGAGUUAGGAUGAAAUGAGGGAGGUGGAAAGAAGGGAUCUUUUUGAUCUCCAAAAUAUGUACAGAAAAUUGGGCAGCAUUAUGUCUACUCCAGAUGUGUGACUUCUGUGUUCUUAAAUCCUUUUUUCCUUCUUUUUUUGCAGUUGGCGAUUUAUAUUCUACUUGACAUCAUGCAUUGCUGGAAUUGUAUUUCUCUAUGAUGUAAGUUAAAGGGAGAUAACAAGUGAACCUUUAAUAAAAUCUUCAUCAAAACUAAGGCCUGAUCCUGCUUUCUCUAAAGCAAGAUUUGCCAUGUGCCCAGAAUUUUUCCUUGUUGCAAAAUAAGGGCUAGAUUCCCAAUUUCUCAGCAGUUGCUUGUCAUUAUAAUCCCAAAUCUAGUCUUAUAAAUGGGGAUUUAUGAAAUUUUAUUUGAUUAAGAAGAAGCCAGGACUGGGGAAUUAUCCUGCCCUCCUCUUAGUCCAAUACAGAUAUAUGCAUGUUGUGGUGUAGGGGUUUCUCCCCCGCCCCCCAACACUGGAACUUUGCAGAACAUCUGUAAGUGGGUUCUCCCGCUAAUAGUAAAAAGAACCCUGUAAGGUAGGCUGGAAUUACCAUCCUCAUAUUGCAAAUGGCGGUGAGUGGCAGGUGAGUGAGAGUGGCUUGCCCCAGGCCACUUAGUGAGUUUGUGGCAGAGGUGAGAUUUGAACCAGCUCAGUUGCUCAGCCAGUGUGCUGCGCUCACUCUGUAACAUGGAAAAUAAGGGUAAUUAUCUGCCUAAUUCUGUUUUGUUUUGUUUUCCCCUAGAAACCCUGGCUUUAUGAUCUUUGGCAGGUUUGGGCCAACUAUCCAUACCACGUGAGUGCUGUUUCUGCUACUUCUCUUAGAGUUCUAAUUGCCCCCUCUUUCUGAAAAGUUGUCCCACAGCGCCGUGUUGAGUUUUGCAUGCCCACUAGUCAAAAAGAGAAGAAUGCAUAAGAACAUAGGAAGCUGCCUUUUCCCAGGCCAGAUUAUUGGUUGAUCUAGCUCAGUACACUGACUGGCUCUUUAGGAUUUCAGUUAGGGGUCUCUCCCAACCCUAUAUGGAGGUGCUGGGGAUUGAACUGCAUGCAAAGUCCUUGCCUCAUCCCCCAAAGAAGGGAAAAUCUAUCCCAGGGUCAUAACUGCUCCCCUUCUUUUUGGCAUCCUUCUGUUAUUCCUUGGCCACAUUGCUAACACCAAUACCAGUGUUUUCUCCCCUCCCCCAGACUGUCUGACUCAAGAGGUAAUGGGCAUUCUUUCUCUUUCCAGUCUUUGCUGGCGUCCCAGUAUUGGUACUAUGUCCUCCAGAUGAGUUUCUAUAGUUCGCUGUUGCUUACUCUUGGAUUUGACACCAAAAGGAAGGCAAGUCGUGAUAACGGUUCACAAUUUACUGUCCACAAAUGUUGUAUGAUUUUCUGCCUUUUUUAUUGGAGAAGAAAAACGUUGUACUGCAGUGCUCCAUAAGUGCUAUACAGCCGUACCUCGGAAGUCAAACAAAAUCCGUUACGGAAGUCCUUUCGACUUCCAGAACGUUCGGAAACCAAAGCGCGGCUUCUGAUUGGCUGCAGGAAGCUCCUGCAGCCGAUCAGAAGCCACGGAAGCCCCACUGGGUGUUCGGCUUCCAAAAAUAGUUCACAAACCAGUACACUCACUUCCAGGUUUGUGGCGUUCGGGAGCCAAAAUGUUUGAGAACUAAGCUGUUCAAAAACCAAGGUACGACUGUACUUAGUUUAGUGCCGGGAGAGAACUGGAUGCUGAGAGUGCAAGGGCUCAUGAUAGCAACUCAGAGAAGCCAGGGCACUAUAGGGUGAAAUGCACACGCCGAAGGCAUUUUGAGAGGCAUACUGUGUAUCAGUGCUGAUAUGUUAAUGCUAAGAGACUCCAAGUCAAGAUGGCUUCGAGGAACAAUUAAUGGACACAAAGGAAGCUAUAGGAAGGACAGGGAAGGGCAUAAUGAAGGUUAUGUUGUUCUCUGCAUCAAAGAGGACCUAGAGUUCAACAAGUAAGAAACUCUCAAAGGGGCAGGUUUUUCCCACAUAAUCACUGUGGGUGGUAAUGCUAUUUAUUAUUAAUAAUAAGUUUAAUUCUGCCCUUCCUCCUACAGAAUACUUUCAGGGACUUCUUUCUACAGAGGCAAAUACAUCCAUAAGAAUUCAUAUUAAAAAAAAGUUUCUAAAAACAGUUUCAGCUAAAAACAUUGUAAAAACAUUCUGCUACCAGGUCCCAAGAGUAAUUUAAUACUUCAGAUGUUCCCUCGUGAAAGAAGGCAACUUCUUUCAGAACAUAAAAUUCCCUUCAAAUAUAGCAGCUUCGGUGGAGGUGUGAACAGGACUGACUUUCAGAUAGCCUUGCUCCAAUACUGUCACUUGCAAGCAUUGGCGUUGGCUUGUGCCACAGGUAAGCUAUGCCCCACCACAAUCAUCUUGCUGAAUACACUCAGAAAAAGAGACAGAAGGCAUCCAACACUGUGUUGGGGUUUGGUGAUUGAUGGAGAAGUAGUAGCCAUUAACAGAGUCUCAUCAAGCAAAAGCUAAUCAGGACCCUGGACAGCUCCCAGUGGGUCUUCCUGGAUGAGCUUUGGAAAAUGUUGUCUCAGCACAACAUUAGCUCAAGAAAUGUUGCACAACAUUGCCCCCCCCCAAAAAAAAAUCACAUAUAUCAGGAUGAAAGGUAUUUAGAAAUGAAUAAUUGUGAUAAACUACAUGUGAGAAAAGAUUUUGUGAUAAAAUAUGUAUUUAAAUGUCAUGCUUUUUAAAGAUGUACAGAAUAAUGUGGAUGGGAUGGAACGACCUUAUGAAUUAACACUUGUGACAUUGAUGCAUACUGUGAAUAGACUGAUUGGUCCUUACCUAUCGCCCAUGUGUAAAUUUUUGCACAGUUCUGUCUUUAUGAAAGAUGCAUCAACUUCCACCUUCAAUAUGCAUCUGGUGGCUGAAAGUUGAAUAUUUUAUGCUAUGCUCCUGCACUAUACAAUAUGCUCUCUGCUUGAACCAAGCAUCUGCACAAGCUACAGAAUGGGGAUAGUGGCAGUGAUGCGCUUCAAAGCAAUAUGGUCCAUCUUCAAUAUGGUACUAAUGGUCCCUAUAUUGAUGUGGCUUUGCUACACCUGCAAAAUGUAACGGAGCCAGAGUUUCUGGAAGGAGCACAGAAUCAGGCAGCCUCCUUUUUAUUUAUACAACCAAAGCACUUACCCAACGCGUUGGCUUCUGUGCAUCUACCCAGCCCUGUUUUCUUGAGUUCAGAUUCCGUGUUUAGGCUGGGGACAGUCAAGAUGCUCUCAGUUGGCUCCCUUCCUGAAUGUCCCCUUUUUGCCACCGCCACUGUUGCUUCUUCUGACUCACUGGCCUUCCCCUCUGGGCUCAAUCUGUAGCAUCUCCCAGAGCUGAUAGAUAAACCAUGCAGAUGCUACUACUCUUUGUCACCUCUUGCUCAGACAAGGAAGACAAGUGAAUAGGAGGCAGCAGCAAGGGAUUGGCAGGGCACCCCUGGUGGAUCAUGGGUUUCAGGAGGUGCACAUCAGUGCUGACUCCUGACACUGACCAUGAUGUCAGGUGUAACAAACACAUUUCUGUUAAACUUGUUUGAAGAAGAGGGUUUGAGUCAUUAUUUAUUCUUUUCUCCAACAGGACUUUAAAGCCCAUGUGGUUCACCAUUUUGCUGCCCUUGCCUUGAUGUUCUGCUCCUGGUGUAGCAAUCACGUCCGCAUAGGAACGCUGGUCAUGCUCAUCCACGACUCUGCGGAUUUCUGGCUGGAGGUAGAAUCAUAGAAUCAUAGAAUCAUAGAGUUGGAAGAGACCACAAGGGCCAUCGAGUCCAACCCCCUGCCAAGCAGGAAACACCAUCAGAGCACUCCUGACAUAUGGUUGUCAAGCCUCUGCUUAAAGAAAAAAAGCUGUUUGGUUUCCAGUGCCUUCUAUUUAUAAGAUCAUACUGGGUUUGUGUUCUUUGUUUUGCUCGUUCAGACAUUUGGUUUGACAAGCAAAGAUAGUCAAUUUUGGCCUAUGUCGUUGUCAACCAGUUCUACGUGAAGGGCAGCUGAUGUCCCAUUGGGAAAUGAAAGUGCUUUCCUUUGAAAAUUAUUUUGCACUUUCAAAGGUCUAUAUAACAAGCAUUUGAGAACUUCUCCCUCAAUCUAUUUUGGUUGGCUGAAUCAAAAGUGGUAGAUGGAUCAAUGGAGGUAGCAAAGAGGUUGCAUUUGUUUUGAUUCGUAUAUUUGCAAAUGAUGUGAGACUGUGUGAAGCAUUGGUCAGUAGUGCAAUAGCCAGCUCUAAGUCUACACCCCCCUUGUUCCUCAUGUAAGAUGUUGUUUUUGUGGAGCCUAGCAGGUGUCUUGGCUAGGUUUCUAGCAUAAAGUUUGGAGGGAACAUCCAGAAAACUAAUAGGGCGAUAAUUUGGGGGUGAGAGUUUUAUCCCCUUUCUUGUGAAGGGACUUCAGGAUGGAUCUGGAAGCAUAUUCCUCCCCCCAACUAUGUUCCUGUUCCUUCAGAGGGAGUGCAACCCUGUCCAGAACUGGUGAACUACCCAACUCCCAGACCCGAGAACCGCUCAUUCACAGUGCCUCCAUCUCACCAGGAUUCAGUUUCAGCUUGUUGGCCCUCAUCCAUCCAGGCACUGUUUUAAAAUAGUCAGAGCUUCUCCUGAGUCAUAUGUAGCAGAGAGUUAGAGCUGGGUGUCAUACUGAUGAUACCAUGCCCCAUAUCUCCUAAUGACCGCUUCCAGCAGCUUCAUAUUGUUAUUGAACAGCAUUGGAGAGGAGCACUGCAGGGAAGAUGCUGGCAUAGGAAGAAUUACACCAUUGGUCCCUCCCUGUCUGCACUGGGCCAGAAGUAUGGAGCGCCGGAGGUGUCAGUAUGAGUGGGGUGGGACGGAAGUACAGUGAGAUAUGCUUUGAUAGCUCUCGCAGGGAGGUUUAGAAAGGACUGGGAGUGGCAGACUGCAGAUUAGAUGAAAGCCUAUGGAAGUAGGAAGCAAGCUGCUAUUGAUUUAUCAGGCUCAAUAUUGUCAGCACUGACCAGCAACUGCUCUUCAGGCUUCCAGACAGGGAACAUUCCCAACUCUACCUGGACGUCCCCAAGAUUGAACCAGGGAUCCUCUUCAUACAAGACAGAGAACCAUACCAAGAAGGGCCAGCUCAUGGCUGUUCUAGCACACUGUGCAACCGUUUGAUAAUCCUGGAGAUUUGAAAGAGGGGAAUCUCUUAAAUUUAUGGAUGUUGCCUAAUGGAUUUGUUUGCAUUCCAGGCAGCAAAGAUGUUCAACUACGCUCGCUGGGAGAAAGCUUGCAGUUUCUUCUUCGUUGUCUUCUCCAUCGCAUUCUUCAUCACACGAAUGAUCUUCUUCCCCUUUUGGUGAGUUGCUUCAUAUGGACUAGCAAUGUGAACACAUGUUCAGGGUAAAACAAAGGGUUGUAUCCAAUGUAGCACUACGUAAUGGGCCUAUCCAGAUAGGAAUUUUCACUUUCUCCAUAGAACUCCCCUGCCUCUCCUGAAAAGUGUUCUACACUUCCCUCACCAUCUGGAGGAGAUUUGGGGAGGGUGGGGAGAGGAGAGGAGAGGAGAGGAGCAGAGCCUAAAGUUCAAUUGUGCAAGUGGAGAUCCAUACACUGAUGGGAUGCAUUAGUUGGACACCAAUAUUACAAAAUUCAACUUUUGUUAUAGUAGUGAUUGUGCCCUCUAUUGGCUGUGUUCAAGGGUGAGUGGCAUUUGUUAUUCAAGAAGGGACACCUAGUCCUGCAUCAGCCUGCCUAGGUACUUAGAUCAGGGAUGGAGAUCAAUGGAUGAAAGGCGGGUUAAAAAUGCCCUUAAUGAAUGAAUGAAUGAUACUGCCUGAAUGGCACCAUCCAUAAAGAGAGGAAGAGACCUCCUUGCAGGUGUAGAGGGGUUCACAGAGAUAUACAGAAGUGGAAAAACAAGCAAACAGGAGCAAUUUGAAUUGAAAAACUGAAUGAAUAUGGCAAGUUCUGUAGAGGUUAUUUUAAAUUUCUUUUUUUUACUUUCCUUUUUUUCUGAUCCUUUUAUAUUUCUGAAAUAAUGAGGCUUGGGGGCUUCCUUUUGAAGAAGGAAGGCACAGAGCACCAAUGUGCCUUUGCUUCUACACAUGGUCCAUGAUCUUUGUGUUGCCGUUUGGUAUCAGAGGAGCAUGAUGAGCUUUAGGAUAGAAAACCUUUCCUGGCUGCUUUUGAUUUGAGCUCUCAUCUGUGUUUGUGCUCUGUCAGCAUUCAAGUGCGUCUGUUCUUAAUUUUAGCAUUGCCUUUUUUUUUUAAUAGACUUUUUGUUUUGUUCUGCAUUUUACUUUUAACUACUGUACACUGCCUUGAUGCCCUAAGGGCAGCAUAAAAGUCAACCACAAUUACAGUGAUCCAUGAUGUUCUUUGGAAAAUGGCUUGUCUCUCUUCUCUGUGCAUUUGGACACCUCUUGCAAUAUUGCAACCAAAUUUUGCAUGAUGGUUCCUGAGAUCAAGGAGUAGGAUUUCAUCUGUAUUUGGAUACAGUGGGACACCAUUUCAAAUCAAGACGGCAGGCUGAACAGAUGGUUCCUCAUUCCUUCCCCCUGCAAAUAUUUAUAUUUUUAUCGACUUUUCAAUAAUAUACAUUAAAGCAGCACAAUAAUAUCCAUACAAAGAAAAGAAAAAUGUCAAUACCCCCCCUCUUGCCAGAAGUCAGGUAAGUAUUAUCCAUAUUCUAUAGUAUGUCCUUUACCCAUGUUUGGUUACUAUCUAGUUUUGUAUCCCUUCAACACGGUUUUUUAUCAUAGUUUCUAUCACUCAACAGAGAUAGGGCACACACCAACAUAGUUUUGACAAAGGAAAAGCAACCAGGAAGUCAAGAUCAGUACUGAUGCAGCCAACAUAAUGUUCUCCAGUCCACAUGUAAUCAGUGGCCACCAAUUGGCCUAGAAAACACCCGAUUUCUCUCUUUUCCUUUCAAUACUGCUGCACCAUGAGUUGUUUCCUCUGCAAGUGCGAGUCUCCAGACAUUUUUGAACCAUAGUUGAACCUCAUUCCUGUGAUGAAUGGCCAGGUUUUCAACCAUGCUUUGACAUGAUUUGGUGCCAUCUUGAAUCAAGAUGGUAAAUGGAACCUUUCAAGGCUGCACAGAUUUCAACUGCUGGUAUCAAAAUGGCACUGAUCUCUUUGUCUUGUGGAAUUCCCAAGCAAAGCAGGGCAUGGGGAUGUUAGUAAAGGCAUACACUGCUUAAAAUCCACCAGGGUCUCAUGCACACUUUGUCAUAAUACUUUUUCUAUUUCAGGAUUCUACGAUCCACAUUGAUCUAUCCUAUAUAUUAUACACAGACAUUCGUCCUAGCAUAUAUCGUCUACAAUGUACCUUUAUUGAUCCUGCAAGGUCUGCAUCUGUACUGGGGCUACUUAGUUUUCAAAAUUCUGAAGAAAUUCAUCUUUAUAAAGGUAAGACUUAAGCUUCAGCCAAAGCAUCCGGGUAAGUGUAUGAUUUGGGCAGAAGUCCAUUUGAUAAUGAUAGACUAGGAAACUCCCAGUUCUCUUAACUCUUCGCUUUUUGAGAACUAUCAUUUACAUCAAGGGUAGAAAAACUCAGGUCUGGGAUCCAGAAAGCACCCCUCCAUGCCCAGGGGUACCAACUUGAAUAAAAUAUCGGGGGGGGGGAGGUAAGUCCCACCCCUCAUAACUGAUCACAUGACAGGGCUCUCCCAAACCAUCUGAAUGGCAAUGCCCAGCCCCCUCAAAUAUUUUAUUGGGGGGGUCGAAAGGACCUUGGCUUCUAGGUGUUGGCUCCUAUGUCCAUGUCUCUCUGUAUGGCCCCUGUAUGUUUGUGUUUGUAGUUUUACACAAUAUUUUAGAAAUGGAGCAUCAAAACAGCAGUUGUCUGUACAGCGGUGGUCAUAAUACUGCCCUUCCUUUGCCAUCUGGGAUGACUUCAACAGGCUCUCCCUCCCAUCUGUUUUCCAAAGGGUUUGCAAAGUUGGCUGUGAAGGCGGCUUGUGUCCCCAAAGCUGUUAAGCAGAUUUCAGAAGCAACUUGCUUGGCAGGCCAUGUCACGAGAUCAUCUGUUUAUAGAAGUUGGCACUAUGCUAGAUAUUUAAGUGCAUAUCUCUCUGCAGCCAUCCUCACUCCUGCAACUACAUAUUGCUGGUUCAGGGGAAUGCCAAUUAGAUGUGGGCCUCGAUUUAGCAAGAUUUUGUCUCUGUGUCUAGUUACUUUUUGGUGGUAUUCAUUCAGGAAGCAAAUUUUAUUUUUUAUCAACAGCAGGAAUUAAGACAAUUCUGAAUUGUAACCUCAGGGGCAGUACCACUGGCUGUAGGAAAUGUGUGAUCAUUGCCAAAGUUUUCCAUCUCCUCCUCUUCCUUGUUUCAUUGAUUCAUGCAAAAUGAACAAGGUGAUCCCUAUUUCACUUCAUUGGCUGCUGCUUCUGAGGCUAGGGAAACUGGUAGCAUGAUGAAAUCGCAGCAUGUAUUUCAUAUCACUACACAAAAACCUUAAGAGGAGCACCUGUACCUCAGUGGCAGAGCCCAAAAGCGUCCUGGUUCAAUUCCCCAGCAUCCCCCAGGACUUGGAAAGACUCUUGGCUGAAACUCUAGAAAGCUGCUGCCAGUCUGUGCAGGUCUAGCUCAGGAUAACACAGCUUCCCAUGUUCUCAGGGGAGAGGCCAUAGAUCAAUAUUGCCGCAGAUAGUUUGCAAGAAAAAGAUACCACAUUCAGUCCGUGGCAUCUUUCCCAUACGGAACUCUGGAGAGGGCUGAAAUCAAAUCGAGUUUGUAAUCUAGGCAAAUACAAAGCUAGGACAUGGAUUCAUUAUGACAGCACCCUGUGUUCCAGCUGUCUGGCACGCUCUUUUCAGCAGCAAGUAGAUACAUAUCCUCCUUCAUCUCUAGUUCUUUACAUGUAGAAACAUCAGUUCUACAAGCAACAUUUUAUGGCUGUGGUUCUUAACUAUUUUGGGAGUCGUUGACCUCUUUGAGAAUCUGAUGAAAGCUAUGGGCCCCUUUCCCCAGUAAAAUGCAAAUAAAGGCAUAGCACUAAGUUUAUUGCAUUGGGGAAAUUUGUGUGUGUGUGUGUGUUGUUCAUGGAUGCCCUGAUGGUCCAUGGACCACAGGUUAAGAAUGCCUGCUUUGUGGCUUCAAAAUAACUAUACCUUAAUGACUGUCUGAGCCCUUAUAUCCCAGCCCAAUCACCGAGAUUAUCCAUUCCAGAUGUAUUAACACAUGUUACAGAGGCCCGAUUGGCCUACACUGGAUGUUGGUCAUUUUGUGUUGCAAGUCCCAUGCCUAUGAGAUACUCUUCCAGCAUAUAUUUGGCAGAGGCAUUCUCACUUUUGACUUUCAGACACCUCUUGGAAACCUUUGUUAUGCAGACAGCCCUGUUCGGUUUUUAGUUUAUCUGUAUUUGUGUCUGUGUGUGUUUUGUCCUGAACCCCUGGCCUACCUGGCAGCAAGUCAGCAUGGCAAGUCCAAAGUUCAAAGACCAGGGGCUAAUCCACACAAGAAAAGUCCAAAGGUCAGGAAACACUGUCCAGGAUUAAUCCAAGUAGCCAAGUCUGAAGUCCAGGAGACAGUCCAGAGUCAAACCCGAAGCACAGUCCCAUAGAGAGCAUCCAAGUCAAGGUCCCUCAACAUGGGCAGCUGAGCAGACACAACCCCUCAGCUCUUGUUUCCCUUUUGUUCUUUUCAUGCUGAUUGCAACAUGGUGAGGCAUGUGACACUCACCUGUUCUGAGCCUACUGAGGAAUCACACACCUCUUCCCAGAGCUAGCAAGCCCCACCUGCCUAGCUAGUGAGCUGGGCUGUGGGCUCUUGCCUGUCUCAGUUUCCUAGAGUGCUACUCCUGUUUCUCCCUACUCCUCAGAGAGUAGACAGGGGCCCCUUUGGCUCUGGUGAUGGGUCCCAGUGCUCUGGUUCCUGCACAUUGAUCCCCAUCUCCUCGCCAUCCUCUGUCACCCUGUGAGUACUUCCUUCCCCAUCCCCUUGCCAGGAUCCCAUUUCUCCUCCUCCCUUCUUCUUCUUCUUCUUCUUCUUCUUCUUCUUCUUCUUCUUCUCAUCCUGCCAGUUCAUGUCAUGUUUUAACUUUGUACACCACCCUAAUAUUUUGUGAUAUAGAAUGUGAUUUGUGGUAUAGAAAUACUUUUAUACAUAAAUGUACUACGCACCUGCAAAGGGCCAGGUCACCAGUUGGAUUUCCUGAAUUUGUCACCAGUUGGAUUUCCUGAAUUUGUGUUUUUGAAGAAAAGCUUUUGUUAGGUUAGGUUAGGUUAGGUUAGGUUAGGUUAGGGAAUAGUAACAUAGAAUCCACUCCCCACUCCCAACCCCGUUUUGUGUGGUUUGGGCUACCAUCUUGAUGUUCAAGGAUUUCUGUUGCUAAGAAGCACAUUUUGUUUCUGUAAUACAACUCCCUCUUGUAGUUACAAUGCCCUCUUGAUUCAAGCUUCCAGCAUCACUGAAACAUGUCCAGAGCCAUAAUGUCUAAACAUAGGGUGGAUAUUUUAGGGACAAGCUUUAAAACAUGUGGGGAAUUGAGGAUGUGGAAUGAUGUACUGGUGGAAAGUAUAUUGCCAAAGGGAAUCCGCUGAGAUUAACUGCUUUCUUUCCAGAGCUGAAUGAAUGAGUAUAAAGGAUGGCUAUGCAUCUAUACUACUGAGGCAAAUUAAGGCAGGACACUUUUAGAGCAUGGCUAUUAAAGGAUACUGCCGUUGUCUGAGAUGUGCAGAAUGCCUGUAGGUUUUGAGUUUUUGACUUAUACCCUAUGCAAGCAUUAGAUUGCCAGGCUGUGUGUUGUGUCACACCCGCAGCAUCCAGUUAAAUCACUCAUAUGCCAGCCAUGGCUUCCCAAAGAAUUCUGAGAACCGUGUUUUGUUGAGGGAUAUGAUCUCAUGAACCUACAAUUAACAAACAGCUCCUAGGAUUCUCCUAGACUCUUAAAAUGGUAUAAGAGUGCUUUAAAUGGAUGUUGUGUGGACGUGACUUCAGAAUAGAUGAUCAUGUGACAGAAAAAGCCUAGCUCCUCCUCCUUCCUUUGAGCAGAGCCAAUCCAGUGGCCUGGGAAGGAGGGGUUCUUGCAGAUGUAAGUGAUCCUUCAAACAGCCUGGUCCCAAAUGUUUUAGGGCUUCAGAGAUCUAAAACAGCCCCUUAAAUUAUCCGGCAUCCUAAGGAAGAACCAGUCACCUGGGUCUUGCCCAUAAAAAGCAAGUCUAGAGUGAGAAACUAGGGCAGGCACCCCCAAACUCGGCCCUCCAGAUGUUUUGGGACUACAACUCCCAUCAUCCCUAGCUAACAGGACCAGUGGUCAGGGGUGAUGGGAAUUGUAGUCCCAAAACAGCUGGAGGGCCAAGUUUGGGGAUUCCUGGACUAGGGUGAUGCCUGCUGUUUCCAGGAAUUCUUUAACAUUGUGAGACUUUUUGUGUGGGUGAGCUGAGAGUUUGUUUGGACCGUGGGAGAGACCCCAGAGGCUGAGAGGGAGGUUGCGUUAGAAGGAAAAUGAACUGGUAUUGAUUUAUACAUAUUAGUGACAAAAGUCCCAAUUUUAUCUAUAACUCUGCAUUUUUGUCUGUUGUUGCUUCAGUUUUUUGUACACAGUUUAGAGGUGUUUUUAUGUUUAUGGAAACCAAAGAAUCAAAUCACUCAGACCAAACUGGGGCAAAUGACGCCCAGGGCCAGUGGCGCAUUUUUGUGUGUGUACCUCAUCAAUCACGUUCUUCUUAGGUUCUUAACUCACUUUAGAGAGGACGUGCAACCCUCUUUAAAACUGGUUGCAAAUCUCUUUCCAGAUCAGCUGCCUUUCGGACCAACAGUACCUCUAUCUUAUUUGACUUAAGCAUCGGGGUUUUCUUUUUCGCCCUUAUCCAACCCAGAAUUGCUUCCAGUCAGAUACUCAUUCUGGAUUUCCUCUGCUUUCUUGGAACUUGUUAAUGGGAAAACAAAGGCAGAGCUCUAGAGAAAGCAGCUCGGAUCUAGAUGUGGAAGUCCCCCAAGAUCAAAAACCUUGAGGUCCUCAGCACUACCUCUGAGAUCAACACCACUAAUCUGGGCAGAGAGACCAUUAGAAAUGGGAUGGAUAGUACACUAACAGAAUCCCAAACCUGCCUUAAACCUCUGAUGCAGUGGUAGCCGAUGUGGUGCCCUCCAGUUCUUGUGGACUGAAACUCCAGCAUGGCCAUUGGUCAGGGAUGAUGGUAGUUGUAGCCUAGGAUGUCUGAAAGGCACUAUGUCGCCUACCCCUUCUCUAACACCCAGGACUGACAUUUGAAACUGAUGCACUGGCUGAUGCACUGGGUGGGGCAGAUUUAACGUGAACCUUGUGAAAUGUUCCUUGGGAUGUCUCCAUAUCUUGCACCCAGUUUUGUUGGGGUUUUGUUUUGUUUUUUGCUUGCUAGUAUUGUCUUGCUUGCAAAGCCUUCAGGGUUCAGAAACUGUCAUAUUUUGAGCCAAUCAGCAAUCUCAUUUUGAGUAAGAACCUUAGCUUGUUGUUGCCUCAGCAUUUUUUGUUGGCUCCUCGCCAAGGGUGUUUCCUACCACUGUAAUUUUGGUCUGGAUGAUUACAGUGUUGCUAACACCUUGUGAGAAGCUUUGAUGUGAAGGGAUAAUGGAAAAUCCCAGCGGAGCCAAACUGAUUGUAUGCUAAUGUUUUUCUUGGUAUUGGCCAUCAAAUCUGCCUGUAGUUAUUUCUGCCCCAACCACAGAUCUUUCACCACCACCACUUCUUUGGCUCAAGACUUUCCUCCCUACUUUUUUCUCUCAGUGUCAUAUCCGAGAUGUUUCCGCAGAUGUUUCUACACUGGUUCCAUUCAGUUUAUUGUAAUAGCUGUCAACUAAAAAAAUGUAGCAGGGGGCCCGGGAAUCCUGCAAAAUAUCCAGCAAUCGCUUGUGGAGAAGUCUUGGUGCCAGCACCAAGGAGAACCUUUCACCCUCCAGAUGUUUUUGGACUACAGCUCCCAUCAUCCCUGACAAUUGGCCAUGCUGUCUUGGCUGAUGGGAAUUGGAGUUCAACAUUUGAAGGAACAAAAGUUCCCUACCAUUGGCUUAAGGUGAGGGUCUUGCCCACCUUUGGUCCUCAAACACACAUACACACACACACACACACACACACACACACACACAUCUGAAGGUGCCAAGGAUUAAACCGGAAUCUUUAUGCAUGCAAAGCAUGAACUAUGAGCUGUCUCUAAUAAGCUCUUUAAGAAAGUAGGGUGAGAUUGUCUUGUUUUUCAUGUUCUCCUUUUGAAAACAGGUUUACCUCUAUGAUCAUGCCAUUUGGGGGCGGAUGGGGGUGGGGUAAUGGAAGCUAAAGACUCCUGAUGAUUUUAUCUCAGUCUUUGCAUAACUAUCAAGUAAUGGGGAGAGCAUUGUAGAGCCUGGGCCACACCUCUGCCUCAGGUUGGGAUAGCUGUGUCAGUAGAGCGUGAGGCUCUUAAUCCCGGAGUCUUGGGUUGGAGUUCCACGUUGGGCAACAUAUUCCUGCAUUGCAGGGGGUUGGACCAGAUGGCCCUUGUGGUUCCUUCCAGCUCUACAACUCUAUGAUUUCUAGGUUGCCUUGGCUAAUAUCUGCCUCUCUUUCUACCGUACACCUUCUCCACUGGUUAAAGGCAGACGGGUUUGUAGAAAAUCCCAGAGACGUGGUAAAGUAUGCUACCGUAUUAAAACAUUGUCUUCUCCUUCAAGUUCACUCUUGAGUCCCGUUCCCCCCAGUUGUGACAGAAGAGUCCUUGCUGCUACAGUUGCAGUACGUCGCACCACCUUGCUUUCCGGUGUGCGAAGCAGCAGGUCAGGAGCUGUUCCAACACAACAACAAAUGAAAGCAGAGCAAACUCAGCAUCUUCGGAGCUGCGGUUCACAUGUUGGCCACCAGUCAUUUUAUAGUCAGUUAUCCUUUCCAGGUGCUUCCUAUCUCACAUAUCCCAGCCUGGGCUAAAAUUGGCGAUGACAAGGUAAGCACCAGCUCUGGCAUCCGCAUGCUCACCCUGGAUGCAUGCUCCACCCUGGUGUCCUGGGCACCUAACAGAAUCUCCAAGCCAAUGGUAAUCAUUUGCAAAACGGCACAUCAAAUUGAACUACUGAUUCAUCUCCUCUGUGAUGCAGCUUGUUCUGUAAAUCAUGUCUGUGGUGCUAAUUCUCUUGAGUUCUGUAUAAAUCAUAUUUACCCACAAUCAUCUUUUCCUCUUAACCUCUUGUCCCAUUGAGAUUCACUGGCCUCUCUGAAGGCUCAUCUUUUCCUUUUGUUUAUUAGUAGACUAACAGUCUUCCAGUAGGGAGUUAGAUUGCCCCAGAAGUGGGAGAGAUUUUCUGCUCUGGGACAUAUGUACCGAAGGAUUUGGCUUCUGUUCUCCUUUUUGUCUUUACUGAUUUGGGACAUCGUUGUUGUUUCAUGGUUGAUCAAAGAAAUUACUCAGAUCACUUUUGCCAUUUAGGACCUUGUUUGGUGAACCAGCUUCUUUUGGCUUAAGUUUCUUUUUUUUUUUAGUAGGUCAUUUUUCCAUUAGAGGUCUCUACAAUUAGACAAUUCUGUCUCCAAAAGUGGCAAGUUCUGUUCAGUAUCGAAGAAAAUAAUGCACGUUUCCAUUUCCUGUUGUUCACAUUUCCAUGAAGUUAACUGGGAGAGUGUGGGUGGCUAUUGUGGUUGUCUUUACCAAGAGCUGUUGAAUUUUAGCACUAAUUAAAAAUCUGAUUAUACUGCCAGGGAUCAGCACAUCCUGUGUCAUGGAGUUGCAAAUCCUGAUUCUCCUUUUAAUCUUACACCACUUCAUUUUAACUGCACCGAGAGUGGCAACACCUUUGCUAUUCACUUUCCCCCAAACAAUUCAUUAAUUCCCAUGUGUUCUAUAUCCCUGGAAGCAUCUCUAUAGUCUUUCCAACCUCCUGCCACUCAGAAUCUCAGAUCAGACUAAGAGUGCAGGAUCAGACUAAGGGUGCAUUUCCUCAACACCCUGUUUCCAGAAGCAGGCAGCCAGAUGCAGCCAGGAAGUCCACAACCAGGGCACAAAUGCACCAGCCUUCCCCUUCUAUUUGUCCCCAGCAAUUGAUAUUCAGGUCUGCUGCCUCAGAACAUGGAAACUAGCUGCCGUUGGUCUCCAUGUAUUUGUCUGGUUUUCCACUGGAAGCCAACUGAGCCACUGGUCAUUGCCACAACUCUGCACUACAAAGAUACAGUGGUGCCCCGCAAGACGAAUGCCUCGCAAGACGGAAAACCCGCUAGACGAAAGGGUUUUCCGUUUUGGAGGUGCUUCGCAAAACGAAUUUCCUAUGUGCUUGCUUCGCAAGACGAAAAUGUCUUGCGAGUUCCUGCAGGGUUUUUUUCCUUUUUCCCUUUUUCCCAAGCCGCUAAACCGCUUAUCAGCUGAUGGCUAAGCCGCUUAUCAGCUGAUCGUUAAGCCGCUUAUCAGCUUAUCGUUAAGCCGCUUAUCAGCUGAUCCUUAAGCCGCUUAUCAGCUUAUCGUUAAGCCGCUUAUCAGCUGAUCCACUAAGCCUGCUAAGCCGCUAAUACUGUAGCACUAAUCCGCUAAACUGCUAAUGGGCUUGCUUCGCAAGACGAAAAAACCCGCAAGACGAAGAGACUCGCGGAACGGAUUCUUUUCGUCUUGCGAGGCACCACUGUAUCUGCAAAUGUGACUUGAAGGCUGUCAACAUCAACCCUGCUGUGUGGGAGUCCCUUGCGGACAACCAAAGUCCGCAAAAGUCAGGUCACGUAUUCAUAGCAGUGACCAGAGCAGAAAUGCCAUGGUGCAUCUGCAGCAGCACAACCAGAUGCCUUCAUCUGCCCCAGCUGCAAUAAAACAUGCAAUCUUCCAAUAGUUUUUCUUCACCCGCAAAGGGGCAUUCCUCCAUUGUCUCCCAAGACAGACAGGUGCCAACAGUUGGCUAUAUAUUGAUAAAUGGUAUGUAUCCCUCUAAUCCAAACCUUUCAAUUUUCCCUUGAAAAUUGAUGAGGAUUUGGUGGACCACUUAAGGAUUUUUUACCUGUUGUAGCAAUCACAUUGCAUGUUGCUAGAAUCUUUAUGGUAUUAAAUUGUAUUUCCAAGGCUUCUGUUAUUUAUUAUAUAUCAUAUUGCAUUGCAAUUUGAAUUUCAGACAAUUCAAAUUGUAGUGCAAUAAAACAAAAUAUAAGAAUCCUAUCUCCAUGAAGAUGAAGCUUCUUAAUUCUAGCUUCUCGUUUACUCUGCUGCCAACCCUCCCAGCUCCUUUCAAGCUCCUCCUCUUCCCAUUGCUGCUAGUCCAUUCUGCUCACUUUCUGAGCAUACCACUAGGUUCUAAGAACGAUUGAGUAGCCACUGCCCCAGCCGUUCUUCACAGAUAUGCUGUGGACCACCUGAAUGAGGCUUGCAGACUGCUAGUGUUCCAUGGACCACAAUUUGGGAACCUCUGCUCUAAUCUUAGGAUGAGGAACCUAUUGCUCUCCAGAUGUUGGUGGGUUCCAACCCUCCAUCAUCCCCAGCCAGCAUGGGAUGAUGCUAGGGGCGAUGGGAGUUGGGAAUCCAAAAACAUUUGGAGGGCCACAGGUUUUCACACCACUACCAUAACAGCCAUUUUGUUGAGCAUCUUUGGUACCUUAUCCCACUCCACUCCACCCCAACCCCCAAUUGUGGUAUUUGAAGGCUUGUUUAUACAGUUUAACAGGCUCAAGUAGUAAAUAUUUUAUUGGCCUGUUUUGCUUCAGGCCACAUGUGGGUGUUUGGGUGGGGUGUCCUUGCGUUCAAAUGUUCCUACAAGGAAGAAACUCCCUGCAUAUAGAUAAACGAACUGUCAGGGAGAAAUGAUGCUGAGCCUGUCUUAAUGACCUGCUAGCUUUCUAUGUUUGUGGAGCUUUCAUUGAAGGAGAAACUGUAGUCUUCCUACCUGUAACCUGAAAAGAUUCAGACCAAGAUCAGCUUUCCUAUUUGAUUCUACAGGGAUUCAUCUUGUUAACAUCUCCUCAUUCUUCUGUUUUAUCUUGUAAGAAGAAGAAGAGUUUGGAUUUGAUAUCCCGCCUUUCACUCCCUUUAAGGAGUCUCAAAGCAGCUAACAUUCUCCUUUCCCUUCCUCCCCCACAACAAACACUCUGUAACUUCACCUAUCCCAAACAUCCUGUGACUUAAAUACCUUCCACUCAGCAAACGAACACUUGGGCAAUGUGGCUUAAGCAACUCAGCCUACCUGGAACACUGUGGAACUGGCGGCAACUUUGCUAGUGAAAGGAUACAGUUUUCACACACACCCCUUGCUGUUCCUAUCCCAUUCAACUUCAGAGUGGCUUUGUUAAAAGAGAGAGAGAGAAUAGGGAAUGGUGCCAUUUCCUCUUCAGCAGCCGAAAAUUCCAAGAAGCUGGAUGGCUUCUAUAUAGUGUGAAGCUCUCCUCCUUAUUUAUUGACUUCCUCUUCAGUCAAAAACAAAAGCAAAAACCCUUGGCUUUUGUACAACAUCCCCACUCUGGAAUGUGUUUCGUGGAGAGUAAGUUGGCCAAAGUUGGAGUCCAAGAUUGAAAUCUGAUGCUGCAGUCAAGAGUGUAAAAUGUUCCUGCCAAGGCAAAGAUCUUCCUGAAAAGAACAUGCCGGUCUCCACCCAAUGAAUUCUUUUCAGUUUAUAGAAAAUCAAAGAAGCAAGCGUUUUGUUUUCUUAUUGGCCCAGAAACCUGUCAGUCAAGUGAGCUGAACAGGAUAUCUGGUGAAAAGGAACAUCUCAAAAUGCUGCAUGAAGAAAAUCAGCAAAGUGACCUUUUCUCACACUUCCUUCACUCUGGUACAUUAUCUGUAAACACUUGCCUGGUAAGCUCAUUCAGAAACCAUUCUUACUCCCCAAAGCUGAACAUUCUUGUGGCAAAAGCAAUACCUAUUUCAGAGGAUUCCGCCCCUGAAUGUUUGAGAAAAAUACUUGAGGGCAAAAAGCAUCAAUGGAAGAUGUACUUCCUCAGUUUCCUGUACAACCUUUUGUCUUCUACAGGUUUUUCCUCAGCACUUUCAUGGCUUCACAUAGCAACUGGAAACAGCAAUGCAGUAAUAAGGGAUCUUGGGAUUCCCUUCUGGAUGUAAUGUCACUUGGAAAAACCACAAAGGGAAGACUGCAGCUUUUGUGCAGAGAACAGCGCUUUCGAUUUUGUAGGAAAAUACUGCCCAGAAAAUCCAUACCAACCAGAUCCACUUCAGUAGUGGGGAGGGCGGCAGUGGUGCUCACCUGACCUCUGGUUCCUGUGCUGCUGCCAUAUGCCAGGAUGGAGAAAGGGCAGGGCAAGGUUGGCACAUUGCAAAUGCACCAGCAGCUCCUCUCUCUCUGCAACCAUUUGUUCAGACUUGUGAAUGUGAUUCUGUUAAUCAAUUCAGGUGCAAGUUCCAACCAGACUCUCAGUUUCAUCUUUGUAUGUCGCUAUUGCGUGACAGGAGUCAUUCUGCUCCCAUGCUAACACCCUUGGCAUCACACAGCUGUGUGCUUUGGUGCCAGCCCCAAGUUCCCAGAAAACUUGAUUGUUCCGGGAAACCCCAUUGACAUGCAGAUAAUAGUUAGCUUUUUUCCUGGGAUUCCAGGCAGCUUGCUUCUCUGUGUGUGAAGAUGAGAAACUGUUAAAUAUAAACCACUGGGUGCAGAUCAUGUGGGCACGCAGGCAACUUCCUUCCUCUCCAAGUGGGAUGGAGCCACUAUGCCAGGUUCCCAGUAGGUGGGUCACAGUGGCUUAACAGUGUGGGGAGGCAGAAGGGAGACUGGUGCGGUGCAAACACAUUUGCGGGAUUGUCUCCGCCGGAAAGUCUGCACUAUUCUAACCUCCCUCCUACAUUGCCCCUCUCCUUCCUGGUGUGGACGAAAGUAUUUGAGAAUUGUUUUAGGGUUGCAAAGAUCUAGAAUUAUAGAGUUGGAAGGACCAAAGAGUCAUCCAGUCUAUCCUUCUGCAAUGCAGGAUCUGCUAAAGAUCAAUUUAUUGAAAGGCUGUAUUGCUUGCGAGGAACAGGUAGAAACCCAGCAGAGAGUCUCCUUCUUUAGGUAAAUUUCCCCAAGGGAAGCAGGCUUUUUGCACCCAUUUUCAUAGUCAGGGCUUUUUCUCAGCCGGAACUCAUGCCUCCAUCCCAAAACCCAGCACCUCACUUACCCAAGGGCCACAUGCAGCAGAUCACUGGUAGAGCAUGAGACUCUUAAUCUCGGUCGGGGUUUGAGCCCCUCAUUGGGUGAAAGAUUCCUGCAUUGCAGGGGGGGGGGAGGACUAGAUAACUCUGGUAGUCCCUGUGAUUCUGUGAAUGUAGCCAAGCUGUUUCAAAGAAGGUUUUACUUCAUUGUGCCAGCUUCAGCUAACCUUGCAGUUUUGUUCUUCCAGCUACACCCCAAGAAUUUGUUUUUGAUAACAAGUUCUGAGAACACCACUUUUCCUUUGUCAUGUAAGCAUCCAAUCCCCGUUCGCUUCCAUCAUCACCCCUUGCCAGCAAUCUCAAGCAGAAGGUUUUCAGGCCUGGGGUCUUUUAGUCCCACACCGAUAAGCAAAAUGACCUUUUCCCCCCACCCCGCCCCCCGCUAGGAAGCUGGCCAAGCAGCUCCAUCCCACCUUGCAAGCUGAGUCUGGGUCUGGCCCCAUCUGAAGGGCUGAGCAGGCAGAGCCAUUUCAACUGCCCAGACGAUCUGCGAUGACAGCACUCGAUAAAAUGCACCCCAACCCGAGAAGUCUGUUUUUUGGCUAAGGAAGCAUUCAUAAUGUGAAACAAAGUCCAAUAACAAGGAGCUCUUUAGCUCAACUCUAAGCUUUUGUCUUAGGGUUAACAAAGAAAUUCCGUAACAGCACCAAAAUGCUUAUUAUAUCGGCCUUUGUUUCGUUGCCAGGAGUAGAUUUAUAAUUGGACUCGCUGGGGAAGCAAUGGGAUGUGAUGACUUGUGUGGAGCUGCCUGAGCUUUUGACAUUCUCCCAAAGUCACAUACCCCUGGAGUAGUUAGUGGAUUUCAAUAACACAGCCCACAGAAUUUAUAGGAAGCGACAGAGUACACGAUUAAUUGUGAAUUAUUGUAGUCUCCACCUGGUUAAAACUGAGCAGUAACUUAAGAGACCAGUUUGAUAUUGAGUGCUGUUGGCUUUUCGGGAUCCUGGAAAAUGAGAGACAUGGAGAUCAUAGAAUGGUAGCAUUGUAAGGGACCCUGAGGGUCAUCUAGCCCAACCCUCCUGCUAUUCAGGAAUCUCAACUAAAGUAUCCAUGGCAGGUGACCAUCCAACCUCUGUUUAAAAAUUCCAAAGGAAGGAGAUUCCAGCACGUUCUGAGGGAAUCUGUUCCAAUGUCAAACAGCUCUUACUCCCCCGAUCCACUAAGCUUGUAACUCUAGCAAAAAAAGGGGGGGGAUGAUAUUUGUCUGGCAUGACUUGUUUCUGAGAAACCCAUGCUGGUUUAGUAAUCACAGCAUCCUUUCCUAAGUGCUCGCAAACCAAAAGCUUUAAUUACCUGUUCAAGGACCUUCCCUGGUAUUGAUGUCAAGCUCACUGGUUGGUAGUUACCUGGGUCUUCUCCUCCCCCUUUUUUAAAAAUGGGGGCAAUAUUUGCCCACCUCCAGUCUGCAGGGACCUCACCUGUUAUCCAAGAAUUUUCAAAGCUUAUAGACAAAGGCUCUGAGAUUACCUCCGCAAGCUCCUUUAGUACUCUUGGGUGCAGCUCAUCAGGCCCUGGAGAUCUGAAUUCAUUUAAAGUAGCUAACUGCCUCUUUUCCUAACCUGGGCUGCAGAUCCCUCCUUGCAUCUUUAUUGUGUUAUCACCAGGCUGGGCACUGUGAGGCAGAGGAGAUAAGUAACUUUUUCUUAUUAGGCUUUGCAGGCUUGCAGAGGCAGGAAUUGAAACAAUCAUUUUUUCCAGUGGUACAAAAGGGAGCAGAUCAAACAGAUUUCUCCUGUGACUGGUGGAGGUGGGAAAGCUUUCGUUCUUUCAGGAUGUCCUCACAAUCAAACACGUGGCUAUAAUUCUUUGCACACUUCCUCAGGAGCAAGCCCCAUUGGAGAUGGUGGAACUUGUUUCUGAGUAAAGAAUCACAAUGGGUCUGUGUGUUGUAUACAGAUCAAUGCAGACUGGAUUGUACUGAUGGACUCAGAAGUUUUAGUACCAUUCUAUAAUUCUCCCAUGAUGCAUCUGGGUUAUUUGAAACUCCCCUCCCAUGUGACUAUCCAUCGUACGCUACUGUCAAUUAAAAAGGAAGAUUGUCUUAUCACUGCAUGAAUUUAUUGUUAAUAGGCCAACUGAAGGCCAUUACCCAGGCCUAUUCACAAUAAUUUUAUUUUAUUUUUACAUGUUGGGAUUAACACGAGUUGACUUUUUCAGUGGAUUUAGGUACCUGGAAUUAUUAUCCUUGUAACUAUUCAGCCGGGCUUCAAAAUGUAGCUCAACACAUCCUAGCUUGAGGCAGCUGUUUUUAUAGAACGUCUCGAGUCGUGAUCUGGUGACAUUUUACAUAAUUUCAGAGCAGAUUCCAGUGCCCACUAAAAAAAAGAGAGAGAGAGCAACGAAAUAGUCUUGAACGUUCAAAACAGGCAGAAAGAUCUUUCCUUGUGCUUUUCCUCUUCUGAUUGCACUACACAAAAGCAACACCCUUCUUUAUGUGUUCAUGGGUGAAUGUCCCAUUAAUAUUUCAACGAACUUCCAGAUAAUACACUGGAGUGGGGUGGGGUGAGGAAGUAUUUCCUCAUAAACGCAGCCUCAAGAUCUUUAGAUCCAUAGAAAGCUACCUUCUGCUGAGUCAGAUCAAGGAACCAUCUAGUUAAGGAUUGCCUUCAUUGACUGCCAACAGCUGCCCACUGCUUCAGACAGGACAUUCCUACCUGGAGAUGCUUGAGACUGAAUUUGGUACCUCUUGCAUGCAGAGGAGACGCUCUACCACUGAGCCACGGCACUUCUUGGCUCAGUCACAAGCAAAUCCAGCAUGUGCACAGCCAGAACUGGACAGUAAGCCCAGUUCCUAUUCUCUUUCUGUGCUCAGCAUGUCUGUUCUUUUUUAAUUUGUGGAGGCUUUCCUCCCUGUGCGCUCCUGUGGUAAUCAUCGCAGACCCCCAGAAAACAUUGUUGCCUUUUGACUGCGAAUGCAAAGUGUCCUUAGCUCAGGAAGUGCCAGUGGGCGAUUUGAACAAAAUGAUACCUCAUCAAUUGUCUGUGCGGGGCUUUUCCUUUCCUUCUAUCUGAUGGUGUGCCAAGUUUAUCCUACAGUAUUUACACUGUGAUUUGUUUGUUUGGAUACUCUUGUGAGCAUUGCUCUGGAAAAGACAAAAGAGAGAACCCCAGGAAGUUUAUGUUUUGCGGUCAAGCUGGUAGAGUUUAUGCUUUAAUUUUCCCUCCUAGCUUUACUCUGUCUUCAUGGAAACUUAAUAGAUAAAGGGGAAUGGGGGACAGUGACGGACAAUUGCCGUCAGACUAGCUACUAACAUAGGAGUCUUUUACUAAUUGUAGACCUGGGACAGAUCUGAAAGGCCAGUGAAUGAAUGCCUGCACUUGUUUUGCAAUUUUUAUCCCAAAAUGUUCUAAGGCCGUUGUGCGCUUACCUGUGAGCUCACAAGGGCUUACUUUUGAGUGGAGAUGCAUGGGAUUGCACUGAUGUUGGGUGGAAAAGACUGAAAUGGACUGAUAUUUUUUUUUAAGAAUAUUUUUUUAUUAACCGACCAAUCACAUCAAAUCAAACCAAAUUACAUAAAUUCCAAAUUACACAGCCGAAUUUUAAAUUUUUGUUGGGGGUACCCAUAUUUCAAAUUCCGAAGGGGAUCCAAUCAACUUCUUGCUUCUUACUGCUGUUUUAAUGUCCACAAAUCUAACCUUAUGAUGUUCACAGUACUAUCCAGUCCUUUCUUAUUGUUUUUCCACAUCUCUUGUUGUUAUUUUCAUAUAUUUUUCCUUUCUCUUUGUGACCUCUGAUAGUCUCCGCAAGCUGGUUAGAACAGUUUGUAAUCCUGCGUGGAUAUUAUUUUUUUUAUGCAGUAGCCAUAUCCAGACGUUUUCCAUAUAACAUCACUUCCAUACAUCAAAACAGUCUUAGCGUCAUUAAUCUUCACCAAUCUGCCUCCUUUCUCAAAACCUCUGAGGAGAUUCACUAGGAAUGCAGUCUAAAAACAAGUCCGUUCUUCCUCCCGGCUAUAAAUCCUUUGGCAAGAUGGCGACUCCGAAUUAAUUGCUGCGCCAUUCCCAAAAGCUCUUAUUGCUUCUCGAUCUCCAUAAAGCAUACUUUUGGUUAAAGUUUAACAUACACAGACCUUAAUCAUCCUGCUUGGGUCAGUUCAACUGACGAUUCUAAUGAGGAGGUGAAAUGGACUGAAAUUGGUGGAUGGAACUUCCUUCACGUUUAAAGUGCAAUGGUAGAGUCGCACAGCUAUUUCACACAGCAGUGGGUGUUCAUUGAGAGAUACUCAGACUUAAACACUGAUGAAUUUUCAAAUGCCGAUGAAAAUGUGGAGAACUGAACAUAAGAAUGGAAAAAUGAGAAACUGAGGGAAACCGAAAGUUGCCCAGCCCUGGGAAGUACUGGUGAGACAAGGACGAUGUACUAGUAGCGCUAGUACACUCACUGCCCCUCCUGCAUCCUACUUGUUCAUGAGUAUUUAUGACGGAACAAAGUUCCAGUUUUACAUGAAUCAGUUUUUACUGACCUGUUGUUUUCUUCUCUUCCUCCUCCUCCUCCUCCUCCUCUAUUUUCUACCUAAUUAUUCUUUGUUCUCAAGCACCUUCGGUUCAAAUGUGCCUGGCCUCUGUUUUAGUGCAAUGUAACCUGGGAUGAUGUAAGUUAAUCUGUACAUUGAGUUUCUAAGCGUGAGGAUUCCGGUGCAGGGUGCAGAUUUGGUGAGAGUGUUUUCAGAUCAGUUUCAGCCUCUGAUUUGCUGCCUCUUUCUUCAAUCAAAAGUAGCCUGUUUCCAUUCCUUCUGAACAACACCCCAUGUCCUUUGGUUUAACUCUAUGUUCUGCUGCUGUCAGCAAUGGAUGUGUAUGUGUUGGCAUCUGUGAACGUUGACUAAUACUCUUCCUCCCCUCCCCACUUAGCAUGUGAAAGAUGAAAGGAGUGAUGAAGAAGAAGAAGAUUCUUUCAGUGAUGUCGAAGAGGAGUGCACCAAAAACGGAAGCAAGAAUGGAUUGAGCUACCCUCUCCUAAACAACAACAAUCAUUAGCGUGUUGCCAGCGCCUUCUCCUCAGGGUGCUGUUUGCUGCGCCUGAAACCCAUCCUACAGUAGAGAGCUUAGCGUCAACAUCUUAACUGGAGUCCAUGAUUGAUUUUAUUGCCGGCCAGUUGAGCUGGAAGAGAGCCCAGUUUCUUAAAAGAGCAAGAAUAAUUUGCUUAACUCGACAAAAUGUGUUUAAUGGGCCACUUUCUAACACAGUGCAUACGGGUGCAUGGCAAUCCUGACCUUUUCAACUCUUGAGAAUUCUCAAGGAUCACCAAACAGUCUUUGGAGUGUCAUCAUUUCGAACUGAGCUGCUCACACAUUUAGAAUUUGAUAAGCGCUUUAAACAGUUUUGCCGAGUCUCUAAUAAUGUUUUAACAUGGUUUCAUAAGUGCGGGGUUUUAUGUGAAGUUGUUGCCACCAGAAUUUUUUCAAUAAGGCAUUAGGGCAUCUUUGUUGAGUUUCAAGCCUUUCUUGGUUGCUUACCUGAGAUUUGCUUCUAAUUCUCUCUUGGGAGGGUUGACCUUAGGAAGGGGCAGCGUGGACCAAACUCUACCAAGGUUCUUUGUGACAUUUUUCUCCAGAAUGACGAUUGACCAUUAAGCCACUCGGGGAAUUGUUGUUAAGUUGGUUUGUUACUUGAUGGUAGAAGCACAAGACGUUGUGGGAGGGCCCAGCAGCCACCCUGGUAUGUGGGGAGCCUGAGAACAUAGACUUUAGACUGAGUCAUAUCUAUCUUGCUCAGCAUUUUCUACACAAGCAGUUCUCCAGGGUUUCAGAUAGGAUUCUUUCCCCAGUUUUACCUAGAGAUGCCGGGCAUUGGACCUGGGGCCUUUUUCAUGUAAGGCAGAUGCCGUACCUGGGAGCUACAGCCCUUUGCUGCCCUAGAAGAUGGUCCAAAUGGCAUCUCUGGUGGCUUACCACACGGUGGCUGCAUGGAGAGCUGGGAGCUCCUGGUCCUAGCCCAGGUGGUUGCUGACAGCUCGGCACAACCUUCCUACCCCUUGAGUUAGAGAUGUCUUGCAGGGCCUCCAGCAGCCUUGUGCAAAUUGUGGGUGGCAGUGAUCCCAUGCAUAGAUCAUUCUGGAGUUGAAGGGCAUGGAAGGCCUUGGUUGGGCUAUAUUGCUUCUUUCUCGACUCAGUUGUGCCAAGUGGGAAUUGCAUUUUUUUUAGGAAAGCAGCUCAUUUGACGAUGCCUUGAAGCCCUACAAAGAAUUCCUCUUCCUUUAUGUUUUUGUUACACUGCUUUGCAGUGAGGUGUCCAUUGAAGCCUGCUGCUUUCUCUCUCUAAAAACAAUCUAUCCUCCAAGAAACCAAGUAACACAUCUGGAGUCCAUGACUGCCUCUGUUUCAGGUUGGCCUAAUAAUAAUAAUAAUAAUAAUAAUAAUAAAUUAUUUAUACUCCGCCCAGCCACUCUGGGCAGCUCCCAACCAAAUAUUAAAAAUAUGAUAAAAGAUCAAACAUUAAAAACUUCCCUAAACAGGGCUGCCUUCAGAUGUCUUCUAAAAAUCAGAUAGUUGUUUAUUUCCUUGAAAUCUGUCUCCGAUUCCCAAUGGGCACCAGCAACCACUAGGCCAAACAACUGCCCAGUGAACGAGACACUGCUUAGUGAUACUUCACUGACUCCCACUUUAGAAUUGGCCUCUUUCUUCUCAAUUUUGCAUCAUCUCUGCUCCAAAGUGUUUUGUUUUUUUUUUAAAAAAAAACCCUGAGGAAACCGCAAAUAAUUAUCCUGAGGUUACACAAUUCAUCCCCCAAGAGAUUCCACAGGUGGCGUCUCCCCAAGCCCCAACUCAUUUGGCUGCUUAUCUGGUAGGGAGAAAGGACAGCAGCAAUCUCUGGAUCAGCCUUCUCCAAUUUGAUGCCCCGAAAAGUUUUUGGACUGGAACUACUAUCAGCCCCAGAUUUGGGAAGGCUGAUCUAGAGGAACAAUAUUGGCUCUGUAUUCAUGACUUUAUUCCCCCCCCCCCCAUUUGAACCGCACAAGUGUUGUAAAAUCUCCCCUCUUUGGUCUGGGAGGGGGUGGGAUGUGUGUGUAUUCUGUAUGUAUAAAUUGCAACGUCACCUACCUGUUAACGUGUGUACGUAUUUAUUUAUAUAUUUACCUCUGCCUUUAUAUGCCCAGCGAGUUGCUUUUUUUGCUAAGUUUAGACAAAGAUUCAAGAGAGCUAGGACUAGCUUUAUUGUUGGACCAAUCCUAGGUGGAAACCUAGGACCGCGCUUGAUGCGAGGAGCUAUCCCUUCUUGGCAGUGACUUGGCGUGUUCAGUUCGGCCACUGAUUGUCAGCUGGGAAUGAAAGAGGGGCAGAAAGGAAAAGGGUCAGGAAACGGCCCUGAGCUCCUGUCUCAGCAGAAGCAGCAGCAGCAGAUGGAUCGAUGAGGAGCCUUGUGGAAUUGACCAGCAUCUGAGACGGGUGAACAACAAGUAGCCUGUAGGACCAGUGACUGGUUGGGGAAGGGCCGUAGCUCAGUCGCAAAGCGCUCAUUCUGCACACAGAAAGCCUCAGGUUCAAUCUCCAGCAUGUUCAGGGAGGGCUGGUGAAAGUAUUUUGCUUGAAACCUUGGAGAGCUACUGCCAGCCAUUGAAGACAAAAACUGAGCGAGAUAGGCCAGUGAACUGACGCAGCAUCAGGCAGCUUCCUAUGAAGAGAAGAGGCGAGCCAGGGAUGUUAAGGUGGCUGCCUUGUGCUCCUGUAUAUUAGAAAAAUGAGUGGGUGUGAAAAAGGGCCCCACCCAGGCUGGCAAGGCUGCUUGUCCAAAUGGGAUCAGUGAGGAGAACAGAGGCGCCAAGGAAAUCCAGGAUCCAGUGCAGAUAUGGACAUGCAGUCUGUGGGUGGGUGGAAGUUAUUAUUACUUUAAGACUUCAGGAUGUUGUACUUGAGGUUCCAGUACAGAAGCUGG